UGUUCUUCAUGCGGAGUGAAGAAACCGGACGAGAUCGGUCGAUUUCUGCUCAUUAAACUGAUUGAUUAGUAUUUUUUUUUAAUCACUUAAUAGACUAUAUGUCUUGAUCAUUUACAAACGAUCAUCUAUUGCUGGUCUUUGUUGUGCGAUAUUGUGGUUGAAACGAGCUGCUGUUAAAGUACUGUGUAACUGGAGUAUAUAUCCAUCACUCUCAGCACACUGGACUGGAAUGACUCUAUCUCUCCUCCAAACAUCAGACCAGAGCCCAUUAAAUCCAGCUUUCAUUCUCUGUUUUGAGGGGAAAUAUGGACUUUAGCAGUGUUUCACUGGGUGUGGAUGUGGAGAAUACUUUUGCACAGAAGAUUUGGCUGAACCUCCCUUCCUUGAUCUCUCUAGAUCUCCUUUCCUCUAAAGGUUCACCUCAGCCUUCAGAUAUGCUCCUGUCGCCUGUAUAUCAGGGCUCAGAGUCUGAAGCCUUGCUGCUGUCAAGCCCAGAACCCCUGCUCACCCUCCUAUCCAUGAAUCGAAACUCCCCAACCUCUCCAGUAGAUGCUCCACAAAUGAGUUUUGUGGAUGAAGAACGAGAUGUGGCAAAGGCCAUUCACAACCCAAGCCCUCUUCAGCAUGGCAAUUCCACAGUGGGUUGUCAAGGUGCCUCCAAAUCACUUUUCUCAGAGCAACACACCAAUGGGGAGCGUGCAUUUUAUCCAAACGGAGUCCUUCAAGCACAUGCUACAAUAAUAUCACAAGAACCAGAACAUAGCAGGGAAAAAAGUGGUUUAAACCACAUUUCGCAUGGUUCAUCGCAAAUACAAACAGCUGGCAUGGCGGUGCUGGAGGAAGGAGUGAUGAUCCAGUCUUUGUGGCAUCUCUCCCAGCACGUUGCAUUGGCAGAUCGAGCCAGUCGCUUACAGCAGAGGGUGUUGGCGAUGCUUGGCGAACAUGCCACACGGCACUAUAGACACCAACUGGAGGGUUUAAGGAAGAAAUCUCAUGAAGUAUACUGUUCCCCCAGGUCUUCCAUUGCAUCAGGGGAACUUUUCAGCCCUAAAGGGAAUGAGACAUUUAAUGCCACAGAGAUGCAAGAUGGAGAAGGGGCUCUCAGGAGCCUCCAGUUACCUCAAGCAAAUGGGGAAUCUCUGAAAUUCAGAGAUGUGCAGAUUUUUACAUGCAGUGGGCAUGCAGUUCUGCAUGGGGUGCUGGAGUCUCUGGACUCAGAUGCCACAGUGAGCAGCUCAGAUGAGGAGUGGGACCAUGAAGACAUUAAUGAGACCUCAGCAGAAUCACAGAGCUGCCAAGGCUGUGAGUGGAGGUGGUUGGCAGACAGAGCUGAUAUUUGCAGUCGCUGGGCAUGGCUGCAGAUGAGACUGACUGAGCUGGACUUUCAGAUGCAGCGGCUUGAAGAACUGCACAAGAAUAUCCUCGCUAACAAGGGUAAUGUGGUUUUGGCUGAGUCUCAGCCCCUGACAGACAAGCAGAUCCAGCACACCUUGUGGACAGAGACUAUGGAUCUGUCAUUCACUGCUAGGAACGUACAAGAUUUAUCCUCUGAUGUAGAGGUGGAACCCAGCAGCCCCACACACCUGCUAAGGAACAUAGAGAGACAAAGUGCUCAGCUGACUGAGAUUGUGAGCAGCCUGAUGUCACCUUUAUGUGCUUCCCCCUCCUUAUCACCUGUGUUUAAAGGACCCUGCAGUCGCUGGAAAGGCCAACGGAAGACAGCUUACAGCAGACCACAGUACUUACACAAGGCGGGACAGAAGAGGAAGCAAGCGUGUCACAGACGAUGCCCUCUUCAGGUGGACGUCACCUGUGUGUCAGCCCGCACUCGCCCCCUUCUGACCUAUCACAAACCUCGUCUUUUCAAUAUAGACCUUUCGUCUUAUAGAGAACAGGUCCUGGAGUCUUCCCCCUCUCUCUGUCCCAUUUUUGCAUCAUGUGACCCUGCGACUGUAAGCACAGACCUUGCAUACCGCCGCAGAAAAGAAAGAACAGCCGACAAAGUGCACCCUGUCCUGUCACUGUCGUCAGAGACCCCAUCAUCCCUCCAUCUGCAAAAAGCUUUUUAUGGUGAGAACUUGCUCCAGCAAUCUCUUUUCCGGAAGAGUGAACUCUUUAGUCCCCACCACUGUCUCAGCUCUGGAGGCAAAGUUUCUCGUUCUUUAUUCCAUUGCAAUCACCAUCUGAAAAACUGCAGGCAAAGGAGUCACAGGAGGGAGAGCACACCCAUACAAUGGCCAUGUACCUGUCGAGACCACCACAAGGAGGGCAAGAGGAGGCGACACUGCUCUGAGAGGCCAAUGAGUAUAUGUGAUAAACACUUUUGUUCUCCUAAUUCAUUUUUCCUGAUGUGGCCAAACACUUUGAUAUUGCUAAGGUUAAAAUACUCAUUUGUUUUAGACAUGUAUGGCUCGGGUGUUAUGGCCCAGUCUGAUCUGGUCUCCCACACUGAUGAUAGCCUCAUGGAAGAUGUGACCAUUGCUUAUGAUACACCCGCACAACAGAGAAACUCACAGUUCCCAUUGCGCAGAAGAAACGGUGAGAGCAUUUUCAGCAUUGAAGAUGACAUUGUCAUUCCCGUGUCUCUGGUCGCCUCUUUGAGAGUGGAAAGACUUCAGUAUAAGGACAUUUUGACACCCAGCUGGCAAAAGGUGGAUAUUUCUGCUUUAGGAAAGAGAGAAGAUGAUGAGCGGGAGGAAAGAGAGUCAGAAGCAAUAGCAGAUGAGGAUUUCUCUCAGAGACACCAGAGUUAUGAGCGCAGAGAGAAACUCGGCUGGUCCUACUGUGAUCAGAGCAGGAGACACAACAACAGGAUCAGGUCAUCCAGGAGCAUUGCUGUAUCUGUAAGAGAGCACCCUGCUCACUGUCACCCACAUGUACAUUCUCCUGUCCCCUUCACCUGCAACGCUGGUUCUUCUGAAGACCAGACAGAAGCCAUUGUGGAUGACACAGAACCACCACUGCCUUGGAAGAGGCGUGUGUUCCCACUGAGUGAUGAAGAUGAGGAAGAUCUGAGACUCCUCGAGCACCAAAGCACAACUUCUGAGAUGGAUCAAGAAAUGACAACACAAUGAGGCAGAAUCUCAGCCAUCAUGAUGCCACUCUCAGUAACAAGAUCUUUCAUCAUUUGAGCUGUUGUGGUAUAAAAGAGUAUAACAAUGUGUUUUUUUUUUUUUAACCCUGUUUUCAGAAUGUCUCCAAUAUUUAUCUGGAGUGUUUCUGAAAGCCUUUUAUAUUUUAUAUUUUUAAAGAUGUUAAACAGUGUUUGUGUCAUGUUGUCAUGUCUGGAGUUCAGUGAUGUGCACAGACCUUAGUAGGGGCGAAAGGACAUGGACAGAGUGUGA